UUUCUUCUCCUGCUCAGGACCCUCCCGUGGCUCCCCAGUGCCCUCAGGGCAAAGUUCCAACGUGGCCCCCAAGGCGCGUCGGCCCCGCCGGCCUCGGCUCGGCCUCUCUGCCCGCUCCUCACUUCGCACAGCUGCCCCGGCCUUCCGGUUCCUCAAACUCGCCACGGGCCUUCCCGCCUCGGGCUUUUUGCACAUGCUGUCCCCCCUCUGCCCGCAACAUCCUUUUACCCAUUCUGCCUGGCUAACUCCCAUUCAUCUUUCGGGUCUCGGCACCAACGUCACUUCCUAUGCGAAGCCCUCCUUUCCCGCCCUCCGUCCCGAAAUCCGCCUGCUAAACGCUCUCAUAGGUCCCUCUUCCUUUCCUUCAUGUCACACGUGGUCUGAUUUACCAUUGGACCUUUAUUUGUGAGGCUUUUUGAUUAGGUCCUUGACCGUGAGCUCCACGGGGACGGGGAGGGACUGAGUAUGUGUUGGGCAUCGCCGAAUUCCCAGCACGGCGCUGGUCGCACUGAAGACACCCGGGAGAUACGGGACAGCAGGCAUGGCAGGCAGCAGCGGAGAUAGUAUCACUCGCCGGAGCGUGGCAUCCCAGUUUUUCACACAAGAGGAGGGGCCGGGCAUCGAUGGCAUGACCACCUCAGAGAGAGUGGUGGAUCUCCUGAACCAGGCGGCACUGAUCACCAAUGACUCGAAGAUCACAGUACUCAAACAGGUCCAGGAACUGAUCAUCAACAAAGAUCCCACACUACUGGACAACUUCCUGGACGAGAUCAUCGCUUUCCAGGCGGACAAGUCCAUUGAAGUGCGCAAAUUUGUCAUCGGCUUCAUCGAGGAGGCAUGCAAACGAGACAUUGAGCUACUCCUGAAACUGAUCGCAAACCUCAACAUGCUCUUGAGGGAUGAGAAUGUGAAUGUGGUGAAGAAGGCCAUCCUCACCAUGACCCAGCUCUACAAGGUGGCCCUGCAGUGGAUGGUGAAGUCACGAGUCAUCAGUGAGCUCCAGGAGGCCUGCUGGGACAUGGUGUCCGCCAUGGCUGGUGACAUCAUUCUGCUGCUGGAUUCUGAUAAUGACGGCAUCCGCACCCACGCCAUCAAGUUUGUGGAGGGCCUCAUUGUCACCCUGUCACCCCGCAUGGCAGACUCGGAGGUGCCCCGCCGCCAGGAGCAUGAUAUCAGCCUGGACCGCAUCCCUCGUGACCACCCCUACAUCCAGUACAAUGUGCUGUGGGAAGAGGGCAAGGCAGCUUUGGAGCAGUUGCUCAAGUUCAUGGUGCAUCCCGCCAUCUCCUCCAUCAACCUGACCACAGCUCUGGGCUCCCUUGCCAACAUCGCCCGCCAGAGGCCCAUGUUCAUGUCAGAGGUGAUCCAGGCCUACGAAACCCUGCAUGCCAACCUGCCCCCUACGCUGGCCAAAUCCCAGGUGAGCAGCGUGCGCAAGAACCUCAAGCUGCACCUGCUGAGUGUCCUGAAGCACCCGGCCUCCUUGGAGUUUCAGGCCCAGAUUACCACCCUGCUGGUGGACCUAGGCACACCUCAGGCUGAGAUUGCCCGCAAUAUGCCCAGCGGCAAGGAUGCCCGCAAGCGGCCCCGGGACGACUCGGAUUCCACGCUCAAGAAGAUGAAGUUAGAGCCCAACCUGGGGGAAGAUGAUGAGGACAAGGACUUGGAGCCGGGCCCAUCGGGAACCUCCAAGGCCUCAGCCCAGAUCUCAGGCCAGUCAGAUACAGACAUCACCGCCGAGUUCCUGCAGCCUUUGCUGACACCUGACAACGUGGCCAAUCUGGUCCUCAUCAGCAUGGUGUACCUGCCCGAGGCCAUGCCCGCCUCCUUCCAAGCCAUCUAUACCCCCGUGGAGUCAGCAGGCACCGAAGCCCAGAUCAAGCACCUGGCUCGGCUCAUGGCCACACAGAUGACGGCUGCGGGACUGGGGCCAGGUGUGGAGCAGACCAAACAGUGCAAGGAGGAGCCCAAGGAGGAAAAGGUGGUGAAGCCAGAGAGUGUCCUGAUUAAGCGACGCCUGUCGGCCCAGGGCCAGGCCAUCUCAGUGGUGGGCUCCCUGAGCUCCAUGUCUACUCUGGAGGAGGAGGCGCCCCAGGCCAAGAGGAGGCCAGAGCCCAUCAUCCCUGUCACACAGCCCCGGCUGGCGGGCGCUGGUGGGCGCAAGAAAAUCUUCCGUCUGAGCGAUGUGCUCAAGCCCCUGACCGACGCCCAGGUUGAGGCUAUGAAGCUGGGCGCCGUGAAGCGGAUCCUCCGGGCAGAGAAGGCCGUGGCCUGCAGCGGGGCGGCCCAGGUGCGCAUAAAGAUCCUGGCCAGUCUGGUGACACAGUUUGACUCGGGCCUGAAGGCCGAGGUCUUGUCCUUCAUCCUGGAGGAUGUGCGGGCCCGCCUGGACUUGGCCUUCGCUUGGCUCUACCAGGAGUACAAUGCCUACCUGGCAGCUGGUGCCUCGGGCACCCUGGACAAGUACGAGGACUGCCUUAUCCGCCUGCUCUCCGGCCUGCAGGAGAAGCCAGACCAGAAGGAUGGGAUCUUCACCAAGGUUGUGCUAGAGGCACCGCUGAUCACUGAGAGCGCCCUGGAGGUGAUUCGCAAGUACUGCGAGGAUGAGAGUCGCACUUACCUGGGCAUGUCUACUCUUCGAGACCUGAUCUUCAAGCGCCCGUCCCGCCAGUUCCAGUACCUGCAUGUUCUGCUAGACCUCAGCUCCCACGAGAAGGACAAGGUGCGUUCCCAGGCCCUGCUGUUCAUCAAGCGCAUGUACGAAAAGGAGCAGCUGCGAGAGUAUGUGGAGAAAUUUGCCCUCAACUACCUGCAACUCCUGGUCCACCCCAACCCACCGUCUGUGCUGUUUGGAGCCGACAAGGACACAGAGGUGGCAGCGCCCUGGACCGAGGAGACAGUAAAGCAGUGUCUGUACCUCUACCUGGCUCUCCUGCCUCAGAACCACAAGCUGAUCCACGAACUGGCCGCCGUGUACACUGAGGCCAUCGCUGACAUCAAGCGGACGGUGCUGAGGGUCAUCGAACAGCCGAUCCGAGGAAUGGGCAUGAACUCACCAGAGCUGCUCCUGCUGGUAGAAAACUGUCCCAAGGGGGCAGAGACACUGGUCACACGAUGUCUGCACAGCCUCACGGACAAAGUCCCGCCCUCCCCGGAGCUGGUGAAGCGGGUCCGGGAUCUCUACCACAAGCGAUUGCCAGAUGUCCGCUUCCUCAUCCCUGUGCUCAAUGGACUGGAGAAGAAAGAAGUGAUCCAGGCCCUGCCAAAGCUCAUCAAACUCAACCCCAUUGUGGUGAAAGAGGUCUUCAACCGCCUGCUGGGCACCCAGCACGGUGAAGGGAACUCGGCCUUGUCCCCGCUGAACCCUGGAGAGCUGCUUAUUGCGUUGCACAACAUUGACUCGGUGAAGUGUGACAUGAAGUCCAUCAUCAAAGCCACCAACCUGUGCUUUGCGGAGCGGAACGUGUACACGUCGGAGGUGCUGGCCGUGGUGAUGCAGCAGCUGAUGGAGCAGAGCCCCCUGCCCAUGCUGCUCAUGAGGACCGUCAUCCAGUCUCUGACCAUGUACCCCCGCCUGGGGGGGUUCGUCAUGAACAUCCUGUCCCGCCUCAUCAUGAAGCAGGUGUGGAAGUAUCCCAAGGUGUGGGAGGGCUUCAUCAAGUGCUGUCAACGCACCAAGCCCCAGAGCUUCCAGGUCAUCCUGCAGUUGCCACCCCAGCAGCUGGGUGCCGUCUUUGACAAGUGCCCAGAGCUCCGGGAGCCCCUGCUGGCCCACGUCCGAUCCUUCACCCCCCACCAGCAAGCACACAUCCCCAACUCCAUCAUGACCAUCCUGGAGGCCAGUGGCAAGCAGGAGCCAGAGGCCAAGGAAGUGCCCGCGGGGCCCCUGGAAGAGGACGACCUGGAGCCCCUGGCCCUGGCCCCAGCCCCAGCCCCCCGGCCCCCUCAGGACCUCAUCGGCCUUCGGCUGGCCCAGGAGAAAGCCUUAAAGCGGCAGCUGGAGGAGGAACAGAAGCUGAAGCCGGGAGGAGUGGGAGCCCCCUCGUCCUCCUCCUCGUCCUCCUCUUCCUCCACCCGGCCAGGCCCUCCCCAGCCCGAGGAAACCAUAGAUUUCCGGGAGGAGGGGCCUGAGUGUGAGACCCCCGCCAUCUUCAUCAGCAUGGAUGACGACUCGGGGCUGACCGAGGCGGCACUCCUGGACUCUAGUCUCGAGGGGCCCCUACCGAAGGAGGCAACAGGCGGGUUGACCUCAAAGGAGGAGCGCAGCCCCCAGACCCUCACCCCUGCCGGAGACGAUACCGUGAAGACCCCCAGCCCCGCCGCCGAGGAAUCCGGGGAACCCGAGACCAAGGGGAACAGCUGACGGGGCUCGGUGGGGAAGGGGAGUGGGGCAGAGAGCU